CAGAGCUAUGUCACGCUCGAUGAUCUGAACGCUCUUACUGCUUCACGCCCUUAGUCAAGGAUCAAGGAAUGGCAUGUGCCCACUAGCAACCUUUCAAAAGUGUCCAAUGCUUGAUGCGAAGAACCACAGCUGAGCUGCAGCGGAGAAGUCUCCACAGCGAGGUUGCGAUGAAGCCAAGCACUUAUAAUAUCGUCUGAUCAGCUUUUUGUUCUUCUGAUUUAUCUUCAUCCUUUGUGCAAUUUCUCCAUGACAUUGAGCUGUCAUCAAUAUGGAUUCUCGCCCUUUUGCUUCACGUCAUCAUCAAUGGUCAUUUCUUACUAUUGUUUUCCUCAUCAGUAUUUUUGGAGGAUUAGUCUCACACAACAUCGUUUCUUACUUUGGCCCGCAACACCAGACUGCGGACCUGAUUCAUAGCAGCACACAUCUCGAAACUAGAAAUGCUGUCCUCGAACGCCAACUCGGAGAUUUGCUCAGCGGUCUUGGAUCAAGUAUCGAGCAAGGAGUUGCGUCUCUCCUACCAAACACAUCCACGAUCUUAGAUUCUCUUGUCUCUCUGAUAGGCGGUGGCAAUGGAACCAGCAUCGUCGAUAGUCUUGUGACACCCGCAAAAUUCCUGGGCGUCGGUCUUGGGGAUGGGGCGAUGACAGGCUUAAAUAUGACCGGACCGGUCAACACAACUGUGCCUUCUGGAGUCGACGGCAUUGCCCAAAACCUCGGAUCUGGAUUGACAUCAUCCAUUUUCUCAUCGAGCGCCAUGAAGUCCGUGCUUAGCUUCAAUUCUUCCUCCCUGGGAAGCACUGGAACAAUCGGAGAAGCGGUUCUUGCGCUUGCCCAGGGUCUUGGCGGAGGAGCCGCAUCUGGCCUAAAUUUAUCCUCCACAUCUUCGACCAAUGAUUCUGCAGCAUUCAAUACAAGUGGGAUCAGUGGCAUCGCAGGAAACUUUGGCCAAGGUCUGUCAAGCUCUCUGUUGAGUGCGGUACAGCUACCCUCGCUGAAUUCCCUGAUGUCCACGGGUAGUUCUGUUAUUGGCAGCGCAGGCAAUUCUUCUUUCAAUAUUGCAGCAAUUGGAGCUGGCCUCGGUGCUGGGUUGGGUCAAGGAGCCGCCAUUGGACUGGGUUUCCAGGCAGACGUCGCUUCGACGCCUACCACAGACACUGCCGGAAUUACUCAGGACUUUGCGAGAGGACUUGUCUCCAGCUUUCUUCAGAACGGCACACUUUCAAAAGUGACCAGCUCGUUUUCUGGAAACUCAAGCGCUCCGGGCGGUCUCUCACUCUCGAGUAUUGAUGUUUCGAAGGUGGCUGAGGGUUUGGCUGUGGGAAUGAUCUCUGGAGCCGGAUCUACGAUAUCUAGCUUGCAAUUAAUAGGAGCAGACACAUCAUCGUUCAACGACUCUGUAGGUGGAGCCGCCACUGGAUUUGGACGGGGCCUUGGAACAGAAGGCGCCAAACUUGUGGAGGAUCUCCUCGCGCAAUCCUCGUCCAAAGCAGCAAACAGGAGGCGAAGCUUUGCUGGCCCAUCAAAUGUCGAAAAGUCAGUCAACCUGAGAAAGAGAGACACCGCAUCGGCCAAUGCUACAGAUCUAGCUUCGGUAAUUGCCAACUUGAAUGCUUCAACUAUCAACCCUCUCCUGCAGACUGGAAUCGAUGAUCUUACAUGCGAAGGUGUGGGUGGUCUAGUUGGCGUCUUCUUAGGCCUAGUUCAGAGCAAGACAGUCAGUUUGAAUGCUCUCACUUCGAAGGGGACAUCACCAUCUACAUCCAAUACUACAUUGAAUCUGCCAGAUCAGGUUUUCAUCAUCAGGAGUGGAGGUAACACUUACAGUGUGAAUCCCGCGAAGGGCAUAACUACUGUCUCUAUCAACGGGAUGGCUAUUGGGAGCUUCAUUGGAGUAGCAGCAGCACAUAUUAUCUUUGCGAUCCUAGCUUACUUUGUCGCGAUACCUCUUCUAUUACUACUCAUCAACACGGACAGAUUUGCCGCGCUAUUCGACAGACGUCACCCUGCUGAGCCAUCCUCUAAAUGGCAAAAAUAUCUCGCAUACUCAAUCCUUCCACUAUCGAUCCUGGUUUUCGCCAUGGGAAUAGGUUUUAGAGGUAGCGGGAAACAUUUCACGAGCGCACACGAGAUUCUCGGCCUCAUCGUCUUUUUGCAAACCUUGAUAGCAGCAGGCACAACUUUAAUCCUCAAAUGAGAAUCUCUCGAAUUCGCAUCGGCGAAAAACCUGAAGCUGGCACAUUACAUCAAUAUCGGACUCAUGUUAUUCCUAAGUCUGCUCACUUUACUUUUCGGUUUCACAGAUCUAUCAGCAUUGGCACUCUGCGCGACUCAAAGUAUCGUUCCUACAGCGGUAUGGAUGGCCUUGGGGUGGCUACUCUUGAGUCCUCU